UGUCGUUUUCGCUUGAGAACACUGAAACUGACCCAGGGUAGUUUCUUCAAACAAACACUUUUCACGAAACUGUGUUGUUUUCGCGCUUAGCAACGGCGGUUUGAGCAAACCUGAUAUAACAACCAGGUUCGAAACUGACUCGAUUUUCAGUUCAACAACGUUAAAACUAGGUUCGAAACUAGCUUCAAACAAACGGUUUGACAGCAGUUAGGGUGGAAACUGGGUUAGGUUUGGUAUCAAGCGAAAACGACAUAAGUAUGGCGUGCCGGGAUUCAAGCAUGUAAACAUAAACAAAUGACCAUUUCAGAUCGGGAUUUCACUUCUAAGUUACUCCAGUUGUCGCGCAGCCUGGCAAAUCUUUGGCACGAAUUGAAAAUCUGGACAUUUUUUCUUCAAGGGCUUGCAAGGUAACGUCGAAAUAUAGAAAAUUUUACACACAUCCGAUUCUGUUCAUUUCGUUGGAGGAAGGAUUUGGCGGAUCGCACUGUGGUAUCUAUUACAGUUAUUAUGAAUAAUGGAGUGAUUGUGCUGUGGGUGCAGGUGAUGAAAACGAUUGAAACAUCCCGGAACAAAACACUGCAUUUCACUGUCAAUAUUUUCGCAAACAGAACCAACUCUAAAUAUUUUCAUAAAAGCAACUCCCAAAACGUCAUUUGUUAUGUUUUUUCUUCUUCACUUCUCUCUGUUAUUCCAAAAUAAAAUGACAACCGCACUAACACAUAGAAAAACGUGAUCACCAGGUAUUUUACAUCGUGCUAGGGAUCAACACUAGAUGCUAGAACGACAGCGUGUUGGUAAUUAUUGUGAUGACAGCAUAAAUAUGCUCAAUACAAACAGUAGAAAUAAGAUAGGUAACAAUCAAACACAAAUUUACGAUUUGUUGAAUCACUCCUAUUCGAUGAGUAACAAUGAUUGGAAUGAUAGCAGUUAACGAUGUUAUUAUUGAAUACGGAAGCAGUUCGGAUGAAGCACGUUUGGGAGAUCCUCCUACUUAUGAGGAAGUAGUAGGAUCAGAAGCACCGCCCCCACCAUAUGAAUCGCUGUUCGGGCGAGUUCGAGAGGUUCACAGGACUUCAACUGGGACGCUAGAUUUCAUGAAAAACGUCGGAGCAUUAUUGAUGGGAACUCUUGGCUGUACAUUUAUUCUUGGUAUCACAAUAGUAGUACCGUUGUGCAUGAUCGCGUUUGGACUGAUUUACUUGCACGAUUGUCCUCGGAGCAAGUAUAUUUCGGUAUUUUUGUUAGUCGGUGGAGGCUUUGGUGUUAUUAAACAGAUGCUGCAUUUAUCCACACGGGUUCGAAGUCGCUUAGAAGAUCGAGAACUUGAAAGAAUGAGACAAUCACCCACGCAAUCCAUGAUUAAUUGCUUUAUUCUUGCGUGGUUUAUCAUUGGAUCGUUUUGGGUGUAUGGAAUAUACGAACCGAAUUAUGAUCCGAUACAGGGCACAUACUGCAAUAAAACAUUAUACUUGUUCACGUUCUGGCUGUUAACAUCAGUUUAUUUAGCACUAGGCAUCAUUACUGUGGUUCUGUGUGGGGUAAGCUUUAUUGGAAUAUUCCUAGGUUUCAUGUCUUUUAGUCAAAAUGAAAGACUAACAUGAACAGAACGGUCUGCAUAUUGCGUAUCAAUUUCUAUCCAAAUUAUGAAUUCACUAAUAAAAUCAUUCGGAAGUUUAGCAAUAUUCGCUUGUUAAAGGUCACUUUAUAAUAAACUCCGUCCGUACUUAAUCAAUUUUCAGUAAAUGAUAGCCGUUAUGAAUAUAUAUAGAAUCUUAGUUCUGAAACAUUAAGAAUUAAGGAUGAUAUAUUGAGAGGAAUCUCUAAAGGAAAUGAAGAUUCUAUUCUGAAAGGUCUCUUUAUCAGAAUAUUUUCUCAUAUACCGCACAGAACGCAGCGCUUAAAAACCCGCUUUCUCCUCAGAAUAUGUGAUUUGAAUGAACACAAAGAAUAGUUUCAAAAUCAGGUGUUUACAUUUAAAAGUCUUACUGAAAUGGUUCUCACUAGCUUAGGCCUUUUGCACGAAUAAUAGUGAAAUGAACAAUUAUUUGUCUGUGAUGGCAUAAUCGUUAUAGUGUUUAAACACUCGAUCAAGCUUUGUUUUACAAAUCGAUGGUUCCUUCUAUAAUAAGACGCUGUGAUUAGGUUAGAAUAUGAAGUAUUAAAAAUCAUUCUAUGCAGUUUUGUGCCCAGUAAUGAGAUUGGUAUAGUUGAAAGUAGCUAUGUCUAUCGACAUAACUUGAAUAUACACUUGGCACCGAUUACAUUUUCGUCAUGUUUAGCAGUGUUCAAUUAUAACUUAUUAACUGUUAAGUAAAAUUUAAAAUACACCUAAACAAGCUGUACCAAAGAUUAAAAUGACUUAUUUGGAAUCUACAUUGUAUUGAAUUUCACGUAACAUUCAGAACUUAUUGCAUGAAUGUGCCAGCAAUUUUUUUUAGACUCUAGAGCAGUUCAAUUUUUUAUUUAUAACACGCUAUAUUUUGUAAACGUAAACGUUCUCAAUAUUAAUAUGAUGCUUGCCUCUUGGGUAUCAUAAAACAAAUAAACUCAUUAAAACUUCAAAUUGCUGUAUUUUUUGUCCUAUAAUUAUUCAAAAUGCCUUCUCUUAUAACGUGUACACUUGAUUCGCAAUAUUCACCCAUAUUCUGUACGUCGAUCGAUUUCAUAUUUAAAGGCACACUGCUUAAGCUCUAAGAUGCCAAGGUCAUUUUCUAAUUUUAAUUAACGACUAACUUAAAACUAGAGUAUUAUCAUUAGAAUAGUGGCGAGUUCCGGUCGCAAUGGUCUAUUAUGGCAGAUUCAGUCUGCAGCUGGCGAUCGGCAAUGGUCGGUGGAUUAAAUAUGACACUAGUGUCUUCCAGAUGACGAUUAUACGUUUCAAUGGGUCCGCGGGAUUUGUAAUAAAUGUUUAUAGUGGCAGCACUGUGUAAUUAAAAUCAGCAUCAAGCCGUUUUUCUUCUUAGUGAUUUAAAAUGUAACCAAAAAAGAUUUGUUAAAUUAAUGUAAACUCGAAAGUGUGUUAAGUUUUACGAGACAAAUGAACUGUUGUGUUCCACACUGUUGUCGAACUAAGCAUUUCUAUUCAAACUUGCCUUUUUCCGGUUUCCAA